AUGCAAUAUCGUCCAUCUGCCGCCAUGAACAACUUGAACCGCAUCUUGGUCCGUCAAAACCCGCAAACCCGCAUAGCAAAUCGGGUUAUCAAACCCUGCGACGUGUUCCUCAACCAUAGAGGAAUCGACACGAAGCGAACGGUGGCUACUUUGCUUUAUGAUCAUUUGUCUCGGCUUAACUUACGCCCGUUCUUGGAUAACAAGAACAUGAAGCCGGGUGACAAAUUAUUUGACAAGAUUAAUAGUGCCAUCAAGGGUUGCAAAGUUGGCGUUGCUGUGUUUUCGCCUCAUUACUGUGAAUCAUAUUUUUGCCUCCAUGAAUUGGCCCUUAUCAUGGAGUCGAAGAAGAAGGUUAUCCCGAUAUUUUGUGACAUCAAACCCUCGGAACUUCGCGUUCCGGAUAAUGGAAAAUGCCCGGCAAAUGAAAUUCAGAGAUUUAACUGGGCUCUUGAAGAGGCCAAGUACACCGUCGGGCUCACGUUCGAUUCCUUAAAAGGGAACUGGUCAGAAGUGGUGACAAAUGCAUCAGAUAUAGUGAUCAACAGUUUAAUGGAGAUUGAGUCUGAAGAGAAGAGGUUGAUCAGGCGCAGGAACAAUAUUAAUGCCCCAAUGACCAUCUGA